CCAAAUUCACAAACUCCUUAGUAUUGUGUCCCAUAUACACCUACUUGGGGAUUUUUGCCUACCGUGCACUUGAGAUGGCUUCCAAGGCUGCAUCAAUUGCUCUUCUCCUUAUUCUCAAUAUCCUUUUCUUCACUUUGGUCUCUUCCCAAUGCGCAUGCUCACCAUCACCCAAGCCACACAAGCCAAGCCGUAAGCCUACACCAUCACAUAAGCCUGGUACUGGUUCUGGUUCUGGUUCUGGUUCUGGUUCAGGCUCUGGUUCUGGUUCAGGAUCAGGAUCUGGUUCUGGGUCUGGGUCUGGUUCAGGCUCUGGUUCUGGUUCUGGGUCUGGUUCUGGUAAGGGAAGUUGCCCUAAGGAUGCCCUAAAGUUUGGUGUUUGUGCCAAUGUGCUGCAGAACUUGCUCAACAUAACUUUGGGAUCCCCACCCAAGACUCCAUGCUGUAGUCUCAUUCAGGGUUUGGUUGAUCUUGAGGCAGCUGUUUGCCUUUGCACAGCCCUUAAGGCCAAUAUCUUGGGCAUUAACCUGAACCUCCCUAUCUCUUUGAGCUUGCUAGUGAAUUACUGUGGAAAGAAGGUCCCAUCUAGCUUCCAGUGCUCUUAGGGGUGUACCACCUUUAUUGCUAUGUUCUCUUUCCAUUUUUAAGCCUUCUAUUCCUCCCUUGCUAUGUUUGGUUUUUUGGAGUAGUAGUUAUGAUAUGGUUUGAGGGAAUUGUUGCUUGUGCUCACUUUCCUCUUCAGCUUAUGUAGUCCUUUUUCUUCAAGUGACAAUAAAGUAAGUUGGGUUGUAACAACUUUUUCCAAUUGAAGUGAAUUUAUGUACUUUGUGGAA